CCCACCGUGGCGAGCAUGUUCGCACAUCCACCCGGGAUCAUCCGCGGAAAAGGAAGAAAAUCACAGGCUGUCAGAAAAGUUUUCCUGCGGGCAGAGGAUCGGGCUCGACCGGGCAGAGGACAGUCGGAAGAUCGCGCUCUCAGGAUUAUUAAUUGUCAUAUAAACUGGUAUUCAUCAUCAUGGACGCGCUAAAAUCAGCCGGACGCGCGAUCAUUCGCAGUCCCAGUCUGGCGAAAGAGUCCUGGACCUCUGGAAAACAUAAAAAGCUGCCGGAGAACUGGACGGACACGCGGGAGACGCUGCUGGAGGGGAUGGUGUUUCAGCUGAAGUAUCUGGGCAUGACACUGGUGGAGGAACCCAAAGGAGAAGAGCUCUCGGCCGCUGCUGUCAAGAGGAUCGUUGCCACAGCUAAAGCUGGUUGGAAGAAGCUUCAGAAGGUGACGCUAAAGGUUUCUCCUCGAGGGAUUAUUCUCUACGACAGAGCAAACCAGAUGAUAGAGAAUGUGUCCAUAUACAGGAUUUCGUACUGCACAGCGGAUAAGAUGCACGAUAAAGUGUUCGCCUACAUCGCUCAGAGUCAAGGCAACGAAACACUGGAGUGUCACGCGUACCUCUGCACCAAGAGGAAAGUGGCUCAGGCGGUGACGUUAACGGUGGCUCAGGCUUUCCGAUUGGCAUUCGAGUUUUGGCAGGCUGCUAAAGGAGAGAAAGAGAAGCAGGUGAAAUGUGGAUCUGAUGGAGAGGCGGCCAGCAGCUCUCAGUGCGAGGGAAGCACGAAAGAAGGAGAAGUGGCCACUGGGGAUCUACUGGACUUUGAAUGUGGAGUAAAAGAUCACUCAGGAAAAGAUGACGCACACCCUGUACCGAACCUCAGCACAGAGAACAACAACACUGUAUGGGAACUUGAGGAUGGUCUAGAUGAGGCUUUCUCAAGCCGCAGUCUGGAUAGUUUUGAGUCCAACACAGACUCGCUGAGUCUCGCACUAACCCCCAGGUGCUGGACAUUGGGGUAAACCCUCAGGACUUCAACCCUGAAGAGUGCUUGUCGCCUAGCAACUGGGACAAAGCCGAAGCCGAGGACGCGUUCGGAUUCUGAUCGAACGAGAGAACGAGCUGAUGGAACGUCACAAAGGGAUCGAGCUCGCGGCAGCUCGUCACACUGGCGCCCUCUGGUGGCCGUCACUGAUACCGCGUUUCAGUUUGACACACUGAACUUCAACAAAAGCACAGACCAAAGCAAUACAGUAUAAACACUUUUUUUAUUUGCCCCAAAUUAUUUUUAAGUACAUUUAUAUUUUAUGUUACUUCCUAUAAGUUAACUUUUAUUUUUUUUUUAUGUACGUGUACGAAUAUAAAGAUUGUGUAUAUGACAAAAACACUGUAAAAAGUGUUCAGUUCACUUACUUAUUAUGUAAAUAAACUUGAUGCUUUACUUAGUAUUUAUUGAUUAAGCAUGAAGUUUAUUUACUCAAUAGUUUGAAGACAACUGGUUUCCUAAAUUUUUAAGUUAAGUCAACUGAUCACUUUUACAGUGAACUAUCAUAUUUUUUCUGUUAUUAUUAUUAAUAUUUUAUUGGAUUUUAUUGCUGAGGCUAGGUUUGCGAUUCUAUGCAGUCAAAUGUCGGAAUAUAAAUUGAGAUUUAUGCAUACUAAAGAGUUAAAUGUCAUGAUUGAGGUUUGUGUGGAGUGGGAUUGUUUUUUUAAUGUUCUGAAGUGUUGAAGCUUUUGUGUAUGCAAGUUGUCUGCCCUCAUACAAAAACAAGUUUAAUGAAAAAAUGACUAAACGAACGUUACAGCAUACCAAUAAGAGAAGGCAGGGUAUUUAUAUGAGACAGUUUUAUCUUUUUCUAUGAAAAUGUAUUUUUGCACUUCUCUCUGCGUCUAUUUCUAAACCUCAUCAUUUAAUUUCUGCUUAUACCUUUUGAAACAUAUGCCUGCUGUUGGUUAUUCUUCAUUAGGUUAUCCGUGUCAGACUGUAAUAUCAUGCUAUUAUAAACACUUUGAAGAAAAUCAUGGUAUUAUCAUCAUGGUACUGUUUAAAUAAAGCAAAAUUUCAUUUAUGUGUUUUGUACCAA